CUUCACUUCUUUUGUGAGACUGCGACCGUGAAAAAUGUUGCGAAAUAAAAUUUGAUAGCAAAAUAUCAUGAAGCUGAAACGAGAAACUUUCUAGUUUCUAUACGCCCCUUCUUUCAUCACUAUGGAAAGCGACGCCGCCACUUCACCGGAGAUAGCUCUAUCGGACACCGAUAUCUGUUGGGACAGGCUAGACAAAGGAAGGUUUCACAUCACCGGAGCUAUUCUGUUCACCGCUCAGUCAGCUCUGAUACAUCCAACAGCGGUUGUUAAGACAAGGAUGCAAGUGGCUGACUCUGCUGGAGUGUUCUCAUCGCGUACGACAGGACUGUCUGUCUUCAAACAUAUUCUUAGGAAUGAUGGUGUCCGUGGCAUAUUCAGAGGCUUUGGCACAUCGGCAAUUGGGUCAUUGCCUGGCCGAGUGCUGGCGUUGACCUCACUUGAGGUAUCAAAAGACAUGAUGCUCAAACACACACAAGGUCUAGAUAUGCCUGAAGCAACUCGUGUUGGCAUGUCAAAUGCAGUUGCUGGCAUGGUGUCCAACCUAAUUUCAUGUGUAUACUUUGUGCCUCUCGAUGUGAUUUGCCAAAGACUGAUGGUUCAAGGGCUUCCUGGGACUAAACUUUGUAAUGGGACAUUUGAUGUCAUACGUAAAGUAAUGAAGGACGAAGGUGUGCGGGGAAUGUACAGAGGUUUUGGAUUAACAGCAGUGUAUCAGUCUCCUGCGUCUGCAAUGUGGUGGGGUGCUUAUGCUGCGUCACAACAUAUCAUUUGGAGGAGUGUGCAGGGUUAUUGUGAUGAUGAAAUGGUAAAGAAACCAUCUGAUAUGCAGAUGGUCACAGUCCAAGCUACUGCUGGAAUGUUAGCUGGUGCUUGUUCUUCGGUUAUCACAACCCCUGUAGACACCGUCAAAACUCGCCUUCAGGUUAUGGAUGAUGGUGAGGGUGGGGGCUUUGGAAGACAUCGGCGGCCUUCUGUAAUGAGGACAGCAAAGAUACUCCUCAGAGAAGAGGGAUGGAGAGGAUUCUACAGAGGCUUUGGACCAAGAUUCCUCAAUAUGUCUUUUUAUGGAGUCACAAUGAUUGUAACUUACGAGCUCAUUAAUGUGAUGGAAGGAUAGGGACAGAGCAUGAAAUCCAGCAAGCACGCAAAAUCAGAUUGAUUAAUGUUACUAAUGAAUGAUAUAUGGAUGGGAGCAGAAAGUAGCCACUCAUUCGAUCUUGUUUUUGAGAAUGAUUGAUCUCCUUGGCUUAUGAUAUUAGUCAUAUUACGUACUUGGUUAGCAUUAG